AUGAACAGGCUUCGGCGAGUCGGCUCGGCGCGGGCGAGGCGUGGGGUGUGGGCUAGCGCGGUGCACACCGGCCGCAAGACGGAGAGCGCGCGGCAGCCGGGGCCCGUGCUGCGCGCCGCGGGGCGGACGCCCGUCCCCCCGAGGCGGCGCUGGGUCCCGCCCUCCUCGCUGCGGCACCACGAGGUGCCCGACGGCGAUGCCAAGCACGACAUCAUCUUCCGCAAGGUGCGCGGCAUACUCAACAAACUCACUCCGGAGAAAUUCCAAAAGCUUAGCGAUGACCUGCUGGGGCUCGAGCUCGACUCGGACAAAGUGCUCAAGGGCGUGAUCCUGCUGAUCUUCGAGAAAGCGCUGGACGAGCCCAAGUAUUCGUCCAUGUACGCGCAGCUGUGCAAGCGGCUCAGCGAGGAGGCGCCCAACUUCGAGCCCCCGGGCCAGCCCUGCACCUUCAAGCUGCUGCUGCUCAACAAGUGCCGCACGGAGUUCGAGAACCGCGCACAGGCGUUUGCGGCUUUCGAGGACAAAGUGCUGACUGCCGAAGAGGAGGAGAAGCGGCACCUGGCCAAGUGCAAGAUGCUCGGCAACAUAAAGUUCAUCGGCGAGCUCGGCAAGCUGGAGAUCCUGGCGGAGUCGAUCUUGCACCGCUGCAUCCAGAAUUUGCUGGCGCGGCGCGCGGCCGCCGAGCACCACGAGGACCUGGAGUGCCUGGCGCAGCUGGUGCGCACCUGCGGCCGCGUGCUCGACUCGGAGCGCGGCCGCGGCCUCAUGGACCAGUACUUCGCGCGCAUCGAGACGCUGUCGGCGUCGCGCGAGCUGGCGCCGCGCAUCCGCUUCAUGCUGCGCGACGUGGCCGAGCUGCGGCGCGGCGGCUGGCUGCCGCGCGCCGCCGUGUCGGCCGAGGGGCCCGUGCCCAUCCACCAGCUGCGGCCGGACGACGAGCCGCCGCGGCGCGAGCGCGAGCGCGACCGCGACCGCGAGCGCGAGCCGCUCUUCCGCGGCGGGCUGCGCGCGCGCCCGCUCGACGACGUGCUGGCCGGCCUCAGCCUGCAGCCCGCCGCGCCCCUCGGGCCCGACAAGCUCUUCGGCAACGGCUUCGGCGGCCGCGACUUCCGCCAGCGCUCGGCGCCCGGCUACUACCCGCGCCCGCACCAGCACCAGCACCAGCACUACGGCAAGCACCACAACGCGCAGCCGCAGAGCGCCGCCAAGGAGGGCGGCGGGCGUGCGGGUGGCGGCGGCGGCGGCGGCGGCGGGGGGGGCAAGGCGCGCGCCGCGGCCGGCUCGCUGGGCGCGCUGGCCGACGUGCAGAUGCGGCCGGCCGCCAACUCGCUCAUGUUCACGGCCAACCGCCUCUCGCGCCCCGCGCACCACCACCAGCCGCUGGCGCCCGUGCAGCAGAACGUGCUGACGCCGACGUUCGCGAGCACGCCGCUGCUGCUCAAGGAGCCCGCCAUCACCAUCAAACCGGCGCUCGAUAAAAAGGAUAAACCGAAGAAAGACAAGGGGCUGAGCAAAGAGGAGGCCUGCCGCCUGGGCGUGGAGGCGGCCACCGAGGCGGCGGCGGCGGCGCUGGCGCAGCCCGAGGCCGAGCCCGAGCCCGACGACGACGACGCGCGCGCGCCGCACCUGCAGCGCCUGCGCGAGCUGCAGCUGCCCGACAAGGUGCUGCGGCGCGUCAUCGCCGCCGUGCUGGAGCACGCGCUCAGCGCCCAGCUGGGCGGCGCCGAGGGCGGCGGCGGCGGGGCGGGCGAGGGCGAGGGCGGCGGCGGCGGCGGCGGCGGGGGCGCGGCCGAGGCGUGCGCGCUGGCGGCGGCCGCGUGCCGCGUGGUGCGCGCCGUGAAGCGCGCCGCGGUGGGCGAGGCGCUGCGCGCGCUGGUGCACGCGCACCACCCGCACGCGCGGCUGCCCGCGCUGCUGGCGCACGCCGUGCUGCAGAAGCUCGUCAGCCUGGCAGAGGUGGGCGCCUGGUGCGAGGGCGGCCAGCACUACCCGCUGCUGCUGGAGGUGCUGCAGCAGCUACAGGCGCGCGUCGGCCCCGACCGCCUGCACCAGCUCUACAACGAGAGCAAGAUCAACCUGUGCGCGUACGUGUCGGAGCGGUGCGGCGGCGCGGCGGGCGCGCUGGACGCGCUGGAGGCGCGCGGGCUGGCGGCGCUGGUGCCGCAGCUGCGGGUGCGCGCGCAGCUGGCGCGCCAGCUGGCCAGCGAGCCGGCGCCGCUCGCGCUCUACCGCUGGAUCAAGGCCAACGUGGAGCCGGCGGUGCGGCACAACGGCGCGUUCGUGUCCACGCUGGUGGCGCUGGUGGCGGGGCACGUGACGGCGGCGGCGGGCGCGGCGGGCGCGGCGGGCGGCGCCGACAAGGCGGCGCUGGAGCGCGAGAAGGCGCUGGCCGAGGCGUACGCGCCGCUGCUCACGGCGCUGCUCGAGGGCCGCCCCGACCUGCAGCUGGCCGCCGUCUACGCCGUGCAGGUGCACGCGCACGCGCACCGCUACCCCAAGGGAAUGCUCCUCCGUUGGUUCAUGUACCUGUACAACCUGGAGGUGUGUGAGGAGGAGGCGUUUUUGCGUUGGCGUGAGGACGUCACCGAUGCCUAUCCUGGCAAGGGCGAGGCUCUCUUCCAGGUGAACACGUGGCUGACAUGGCUGCAGCAGCAGGAGUCUGAAGACGAGGAGGCGGAGGAC